AUGAUGGAAAGCGCGUCCAGUGAAAUCUCAAAGCCCAAAAAGAAAACCAAAUCCAAUAAAUCGAAGAAGUCUCGACCGAAAGUCAAACAAAUACCGGCUAACAAACGGAAAAUCCAAUUAACCCAGGAGUUUGAGGAAAAUGAAAAGGAAGUUGCAGCCUUAUUGGAAAAUGCAAGUCUGCUCAGUGAGUCUAGCAAUAAUGAGGUGGGUCGAGAUGAUACUAAAUCACCAAGUGAGAAAUUCUUUUGCGGCCUCAAUGAGGAGGAGACGAAGAAAAUGUCGGGAGCCCGGAAUUUGUCACAGGAAAAUGAUGAGGAGGAUAUAAGCAGCGAGCCAACGGAGGAGGUGGAAGAAAUUGCCUCCAAAAAUUCCACCGAUGACUUGUCCAAUACCACACGAAGUCAACAACCCACCUUGGCCUCCACAUUUAUUCAAAUCGCGGAGGAUAAUUUGGAAGAUCUGUUGCGCUUGGAAAAAAGUGAAUUUCAUAAUGAAAUGGUGGAGUUUACUUUCAAGCCCCCUCUAGAGCUGGAACAGUCACUGAUUUCAUAUCCAGUGGGUAAGAAAUUAAAUCCCAAUUUAUAUGCGUUUAUAAAUCGCCUGAAUAUGGAGGCCCGAGUGCGAAAAGUAAAGGUAAAUCCCGAAAUUUUGAAAGCCUUAAAGGAAGCCUUAGAUUCUCAGCGAUUUUUCAAGGAUCGGAUUUACUAUCGAACCUCUUGUGAUUUUAAAUUUAAACCAAUAUUUAUGGAACCAUCAUGGGAUAGCAUGGAAAUACCCUCUAAGAAGCUGUUAACCUUACAUCUCAAAGAUAUACGUUUUACGGAACAUCCUGACCUGCAAGAGGAACAUAAAUUGGCCAAUGAUUUGGAGUUGCUCUAUGAACAUCGCUGUCAGCGACUAAAGGAGAAGAUUACAGAGAAGCUUUAUGCCGAUUUGCAGGUCCAACGGAAUAUUUUAAAUGACCUCUUAAAGACUGAAGAAAAUUCCAACAGGAGCCGCCGGGCAGAUCAAGAAAAGAAGGCCUACAAAAUUGAACAACAUUCGUUUAAGGUGAAAGCCCUCCGGGAAAAGCUUUACGAUGAGGAGCAUACGAACAAACAGCUAUUGCAGGAUAUUCUAGAGAAGUGGUUGAAGUUGAAAAAUCUGCGCAAACAAAAAAGUCAUCAGUUGACCCGACUCAAGCUGCGUUUGAAAAUUGAGGAUGUUAAGGCUUCGGAAAUAAAAAAUCGUCAACAAUUGUGGGCGCAGAGAUUUGAUACAGAUUUAAAUGAAAUCUAUCGAGAGAAGUUGGAAGAAUAUUAUCGGGCCAAGCGCAUGUGGCGUUCUCAGCGUGAAGAGGGUCUGUUGCCACGACCAAGGAAGCCAGAUUUGGGUCUCAUAUCAACAGAAUUGAAAGAUAAAUAUGCCACGUGUUUUCUCAAUCCCAAGGAACCACGCAUCGAUGUGAUUCGUAUUUUUGAAAAUGAAGAGGCAUUUGCCGAGAUGCCGGGUCCAAGGAAGUUACAAAGUUAUUUCAUGAGGGUCAUUUUUGAUGGACAAAUGGUGGGGGAGACACGUACCUAUAGACUGGAAAGAGAUUUAAGUUUCACCGUCAAUGAAAAAUUGGGAAUUGUGCUGAAUCGGAGAUUACCUAAGGAUAUAAAAAUCAAGCUUUACCAAAAACUAAAAUUAACCGGAUCCCAAAAGAUAGCUAAUAUCAUUGUACCCUUACCACUGCCAUCGGCAAGUGGUGGAGAAGAUCCGCCCAACAUCACGGUUACAUUUUCCUCUCAUAAACAAUCAAUAUCCGGCUAUUUACGCCUGAACCUACAAAGCGAUGAACAAAUUUAUCCACAAGAAAUUGUGGAACGCCUAUUUCCCGCUCCUGGGCAGCAUACCCAUAUUCCUCCGAAUAUGCUCAAAGAUUGGUAUAAUAACAAUUUGAUGACAUUACCAGAAUCUUCGGAACAAGUAGAAGAUCAUCACUCCGAGAACAGUGAAAGUGAAGAGGAAGCAGAAAAAUCUGCCAUGACAAAAACCUGCACCUUUCAAGAAGAUCUCCUGCGCUUCUGUGAUAUAUCCGAAAUCGAUAAUAACCCUCGUCUACGUCUGUUACGAUCUCGAUAUUCGAAAAAUUACGCUCGUACCAGAGAUUUAAAAUUUAUACCAAUGUUGGAGCAUGAAUUGGAAUUUGAAUGGGAAUCGGAGGAGCGAGUUUUGGAUCCUGGAAAUUGGAUGGAUCCCAUUGAUUUGCAUAAACAUGAGGGUAAAAAAUAUUUGAAGCAGUUGUAUGAAGCUAUACAGAAUCAAUGUAUACGCUUGACAAAUGUGGUAGCCAGUCAGGAGAAUUUGUUGUUAAAUGAUGAACCAAUGAGUUGGAGUGCCUUCUUUCAAACGCUGCGUUUGAUUUUUCAACCUCGGCUGAUUUUGAAUCCCCGCAGCAAUAUGUUGCCCUCAUCCCCUCCGGGCAGUCAGCAGCAUACCCUCUCCAUGGAUCAUGUUCAUACAUUUAAAAUAGUUUGUAACAUCAUAAGAGCAACUGGUAUACCAGUGAGGAUUACGAAUCCUGAUGAUUCAGAUAGUAGGGGAAGAGGUGGUAGUCCUGGAUCGUCGAAUGUUUUUGUGCUGCAAAAUCUAAAAUACUCAAAUGUUCGACCAUUUGUAGCUAUAAAUUAUAAGGACAAAUUUGGUCGUACCAUGACGGCUGAGGGAUCGAAUCCAACAUGGAAUGAACAAUUGGUUAUACAAAUAAGUGGCUCCUUAGCAGAGUUACGCGAUGAUUUCAAAAUUUGCUUGUUCGAUGAAGUCAUUGAAAAUCAAUGGAAUGAUGAUGCCUCGUUGAAAAGUACGGAUAUUUUUCAAAGAAUACAAAAUAAUUGGUUGGGUGAAUAUCGGAUACCAAUUAGUGCCAUAUUGACACAGCAAAAGAUCGAUGGCGUAUUCGAAUUAAAUAAUCCGAAAAUUUUAAUUGGCUACAAGCGACCCUCUCUCGAUAAUAUCACCUCAAGUUCAGAAACGAACAUAAUGAUUGAACAAUUUCCCGAAAUAAAAGAAUCGAUACGUUUGUGGUGUUACAUAAGUGUGGAGCCAACGUUUGACUUGCCUAGCAUCCAGACGAAAUGUUUGGAGUGUUCAGAAUUAUCAGAAGUUAGACAAAAUUUGAAUAAUUGGAGUAUGGAGGCAUGGGAAAUGAUGCCAGAGAAAUUUUUGGAGCCUCUUGUCUGCACCUCGGAAGGGAAAAGAAUAUGUAUAACAAGAUUGUUGCAAGCGAUACCGCCCCCAGUUGAUGCUAGUGAGAAUUUAUUGGAUAGCGCGUGUCGUUUUGUAUCGCUGCUGUCGACGCCGAAGUCCUUUGAUCCUUGUACUAAUUUUUCUGGUGUUUGGAUGAAUAAUGAGCUUCUUUUGGAUACCACUUGGGGUUCCACGAAAGAUUUGGGUGUUUUGCUCUGCAGCUAUCUCCUGCAUUUGGGUCUACAAUGUUGGUUGGUGUUAGGCCUAGCCUAUCCAUAUGGACAAUGUGCUUUUGUUCUAUUUAUUUCUGAGGAGGAAAUGCAAUUCAUUGACCCCUGCAGUGGGAAGCGAUAUUCGGUCAAGGACGUAUUUUGUCCAUUAUAUUCCAUCAAAAUGGUUGUGGCUCCGAAUAAUUUUUAUCUCAACAUCCAAUCGGAGCAACGUGUUUCAAUGAUGAAUUUCAAUUUUACCGAUUCGUCCUGUUGGCUACCAGGGUUUGGUAAAAGAGCAACCGCCCCUCAGGGAGGAUUUCAUUUGGAAUCAUAUAAAUAUCGUUCAUCUUCGAGUAUUGGUGAAUUGAAAUAUAAUAUUGAACGUAAAAUAAUGAAGAAAAUAAGUAGCUGGAGAACUAUGCGGAAGACGGUGUGGAAUAGAGCCUUUCAACCACGUCUAUUGAAUAUUCUGCAAGCUAUGGAACAAAGUGCAACUUUUGGUAGCGGAUCUUCCUAUGAGGAAUUAAAAUAUAAUAACAUGUUGGCGGCGGAGUUUCCUAAUUAUAAGAUUUAUGGCUUUACACUCAACUACUCAUAUACGAAUUUAAAUCAAAUAUCGGAACGUAUCAAAACGACUGGCAUUCAUUUGAAUUCCAAUAAGAAUGUGGAAUUUGCAUUGGCCGUACACAUUCAUCCGUAUCCAAAUAAUGUUCUCUCCAUAUGGAUAUUUCUAAUCUCAAUUGUUGUAAAUAAAUAA